GCACUGUGGAGCGCGGAGGGGCGCGCGGCGCGGUGCGGGGCUUCAUCGCCGUCCUCAACGUCCUCAUCCGGGCGUAUUGUCGCGGCGUCGGACCAUCGCGGCGGUCAGGCGGUCAGGUUCCGAGGUUCGCUCCUGUCCAGCGCGCGCCACGCCUGCUCCUGCUGUUGCAGCUGUUGCAGCUCGGCGCCAAAUGAGUCCGGAGAGGGGCUCAGUGCGAUAGGGUUGGGGGCGCCGCCAGCCCUGCCGAGCCGCCGUGCUGAGUGCAGCCAGCCAGACACCGCCAACACCGCCAACACCGCCAACACCGUCAACACCGCCACGCCGAACCGGGCCGAACCAGCAGCGAGCGACCUGCAACACCCUGAACCCUUCAGAGCCGCGCUGUGAGCACCCCCGCCAAGAUGGAGUUCGAGUCCGCCAUGGAGGCGCUGAGCAAGCGCUUCGGACGCUUCCACCUGGUGACGCUCUCCCUCAUCUCCAUGAUCUACAUCUUCCAGGCCCUCUUCUACCUGUCCUACGUCUUCACCACGCUCAGAUCGGACCACAGGUGCCUGAUUCCGGAGUGCGACCAGGAUGGCGGGCAGCGCGCGGUGGCCGAGCUGCAGCCGUCGUGGCUGCCCCUGGCGGUUCCCCUGGCUGACGGCUCCCCCGACCCUUGCCGCCGCUUCGUGCCCGUCGUGCCCGUGGACAUGGACAGCAGCACCUGCAGCGCCGAGGCCUUCAGCAACCUGACGCAGGAGUGCGCGCAGUGGGUGUACCCCAACAAGGAGCUGUCCAUCAUGACGGAGUGGGACCUGACGCCGUGCGGGGCGGGCAGCGACUGGCAGCUCACGCUGGUCGGCACGAUGAACAACAUGGGCCGCGUGCUGGGGCUCCCGCUGUCCGGCUACCUGUCGGACAGGUUCGGGCGCAAGGCCAUCCUCCUCGCCUCCCUGGCCGUGUCUGGUGUCAUCGGCAUCGUGCGCUCCGUCUCGCCCAACUAUUGGUUCUACAUCACGCUCGAGUUCAUCGACCCCAUGUUCUACGACGGCAUGGGCAGCUCCGGGCUCAUCAUGGGCAUGGAGGUGCUGCCGUCCACGGCGCGCGGCGCGUGGAGCGUGGCCAGCCACGUGGUGUUCGCCAUGGGGCAGGCGCUGCUGGGCGGCGUGGCCUGGGUGCUGCCGUACUGGCGGUGGCUGCUCCGGGUCAUCUACAGCUCGGCACUGCUCACGCUGCCCCUCAUGUGGCUCUUCCUUCCCGAGUCCAUGCGGUGGCUGGUGUCCAAGGGCCGGGUGCGCGACGCGCAGAACAUCAUCCGGAAGGCCGCCAAGAUGAACCGCUCCGAGUCCACGUGCCAAAUAAACUUCGAGAAGGUUGAGCUGUCGGGCGCCACCCAGGAGGGCCCCGGCAACGACAAGGGCAGCAUCUCCGGCGAGCUGAUGGCGCUGCUGCGGUCGCGCGUGCUCGCCUUCCGCCUCUUCAACUGCUGCUUCGCGUGGGUGGCCAUCAUGUUCGUGUACGACGGCCUGUCCAUCAACUCGGUGACCAUGGCCGGCAACCGCUACCUCAACUUCAUCCUGGUCGUGCUCAUCGAGAUCCCCGGCGCGCUGCUCACCGCCAGGCUCAUGAACAUGUUCGGCCGGCGCGCCAGCCUGAGCGGCUCCUUCAUCCUGGCAGCCGUCUGCUGCCUCACCUACCACUUCCUGCCCACAGCCGCGCCGUGGACGCGGACGGCGGCCGUGCUGCUGGCCAAGCUGUGCGUCACCAUCUCCUUCACCGUCAUCUACGUGCUGUCGGCCGAGCUGUUCCCGACGUCGGUGCGCGCCACGCUGUUCGCGACGUGCGCCACGAUGGGCCGCGUGGGCUCGGUGCUGGCGCCGCAAACGCCCCUCCUCGGCCGCGUCCUGGACGCCCUGCCCAUGCUCGUGUUCGGCGCCGCGGCGCUCGUCAGCGGCCUGCUCGCCCUCACGUUCCCCGACGUGGGCGACGAGAAGCUCCCCGACUCGGUGGAGGAGGCCGAGGCGCUGGGCCGGCGGCGGCGCAAGUCCACGUCCGUGGCCCCCGCGCCGCCCACGCACCCACCCGUGGAGGUGGCCCUCGCCAUCCCGGACGUGUUCGUCACGCACCUCUAGUCACGCGACGACCGCCACGGCGCGCCACGUCCAGCCGCGCACUGGUGUACUUCCUUCAGUAGCCGCGCACUUGGUUCGUUCUGAACCCAAGUGUUUGAUUGGGGCUAAUUAUUCUGGGAUUGGCCAAUGUAACGAUGAAUGUGUGGGAGGGGCGGUGAGGUCUGAGGCUUGCCUUGGGCUUGGCUUGCCUCGAUGGGCACUCCCCCGAUGUCGCCGUCGUGCUUCUGGAAGUGCUUCGAGGGCGCCAGCCACCAGGACGUCGAGCCGCGUCGAACAGUGCGGCCUGUUGCCGCGGUAGGCCACGGCGGCCGGGUCCAGGCCGAGGGCUCCGUGGCUGGGCCAGGGCUGGGCCCGAUCGGCUCGAGCAGCAGCGCCGAGAGCAGCGCCCUCCCAGCGGCCGCGGCGGGCACCGCGCUCGUUGCGCGGCCUCUCGAGAACUGCGGUCAGCUAGUGAUAUAGGGAUUCGCGAGUGCGUUCGUUUGAGGACUACUGUUGUCUUCUUUUGGCCCUUCGCUGGGGCUCACGUCAAGUUUUAUUUAUUCUGAAAUAAAAAACCUGAACUGUUUGUG